GGUAAAAUUUUUGAAAGCUGCUUUUGGUUGGAAUUGCUUCUCUGUAAAGCUGAAAUUGAGAAGCUACAAUUUGUAGCUUUUAAAAACUGCUUUGGGAAAACACGGAGGAGCUCUCCACUGUUGUUUAAUGAAAUUGGACUUCCUGCCAAUUCUGUCCUCCUGAUCUCUCUUUGCCGUCAUUAUCAUUAUCAUUCCACAUCUCCUCCUUCCUCUUCUUCGGUGCCUGGUUCUCCAUCCUCUUCUCUCAGAUCGCCUUCUUCUUCAGCUCGUCGCUGUUGACGUCCUUCAAUUCCUGGAUUCUCGCCGGCCUCGCCUCCUUCCUCUGCGCAGACUUUGGGUCUUCUGGGUUAUGCUUCUUCUCUGCAGAUAGUUAAAGUCCCUGAAUUCGAUUCAGAUAAAACUCCUAGUCUCCAACCCAUGUGGGUCUUCUUCCUCACCAGCUAUUAAUACCCAAUUCCAGUCAUUUUUUUCUCUCUAUGUUGAUUUUCAAUCAAAGCUCUCAACUUUGAAACCAGCUAUUAGUUCCCAAUUGUCCUCAUUUUUCUUCUCUGUUGUUUUUCAAUCCAAAGUUUCAGUCUUUAAAUCAAAGCUCGCAACUUUGAACCAAAACCCACAUCAUGUCUAUUGCUUUGGACAGAAAUGGGAAUAGUGGGAAUGGUAUGAUCCCACGGUCCGGGAGGUUCAUCCAUGGGAUGCCUUGUAUUUCGAUCUACGACACAAAAGGGUUUGAUCAGGAUUGUCGUUUGGAGUUGGAGGAGGACUCUAGUAUCUCGAGGUCCUCGUCGGUUGGUAAUAACAGUGACGAGUCUAAUGGGUCGUCGGAGGGUGAGGUUCAGAGCUCGUUUAAAGGGCCUUUGGACACCAUGGACCAGCUUGAGGAGGUUUUGCCUGUCAAAGGUGAUGAACCGACCGGUCAUAAAGAAAUAUUCAAUCAUGCACAUUCUUCACUCAGGGGUGUUAUUGAGCGCACUUUUGGAGUAUGGAAAAAAAAAAAGGAGUAUUUUACGUGAUAUGCCACAUUUUCCGUAUGAAAAACAAGUGAAGAUAGUUAUUGCUACUAUGGCUCUUCAUAAUUACAUAAGAAGAUAUGCUCAACGAGAUAUUGAUUUUGAUGAAAGUGGAAAUUAUUCAAGUGAAGAGAUGGAGGAUAAUGAACAUGAUGGAGAUGGUCCAGGAAGACAAGAAAUAGAAGUGUUAAGAAAUGCAAUUGCACAAAGUCUAAUGAAUGCAUCUACUUAGCAUUUAGUUGCAAAUUUCAAGUGAUUUUAAUAUAUUUUGUGUAAUGGUUUCCGUUGAACUAUGGUCGGAAAAUUAAUCCAAAUAUUCUAGAUGAGAUUUUGUGUAAUAGUAAAACAUAAUAUGCAUAUUGAAGGGUUUAAAGUAAAUAUUUUAUUCGGUCCAACCAAGGUUUCAAGAAUAAUACAUGAGAAUUUUUUUUA